GCAGCAGGUGGGAGCGGGGCUGUUGAUAUCAAUAUGGCGGUUGUCAGCCAGACAAAGACAGUCAGUCUGAUGUGAUUGAGACAAGAGAGGUUUUCAGGGGGAGACUGGGAGAUAGGGGCCUCCCCUCCCCCUUCUCCUCUUCCUGCGCCGGCCUCAACCCCUCCCCAGGCCCCUCCCGACGGGCGCCCCACGCGGAAGACACCCCUCCCCCUCCCGUUUUCCCCUCCUCCCUACCUCAGCCCUUCGUACUGGGACGUUGGGGAGGGGGCUGUGCCGGGCGGAGAGAACUCAGCAAGGAUUCUGAGGUACAGGCAUACCUCGUUUUAUUGCACUUCGCUUUAUUGCGCUUCGCAGAUAUUACGUUUUUACAAGACCCUCCACCAGCAAAAAGAUUACAACUCGCUGAAGGCUCAGAUGAUGGUUAGCAUUUUUUAGCAAUAAAGUAUUUUAAAUUAAGAAUGGUAAAUAACGCUGAUCAUCUCUAGAAAGGAUAUUGCUUAACCUCAUGUAAAGUAUGCUCAGUUCCUUUCCAGUGGUUUUGCUGGAAACCAUGUCUCACUAUACAGAUGAACCCAGAUUUACCAUAGAGCAGAUAGAUCUGCUUCAGCGCCUUCGACGUACUGGAAUGACUAAACAUGAAAUUCUUCAUGCCUUGGAAACUUUGGACCGUCUUGAUCAAGAGCAUAGUGACAAGUUUGGAAGAAGGUCCAGCUAUGGAGGAAGUUCAUAUGGGAAUAGUACCAACAAUGUUCCAGCAUCUUCCUCUACAGCUACAGCUUCCACACAGACACAGCAUUCCGGAAUGUCCCCAUCACCUAGCAACAGUUAUGAUACCUCCCCACAGCCUUGCACUACCAAUCAAAAUGGGAGGGAGAAUAAUGAGCGAUUGUCUACAUCCAAUGGAAAGAUGUCACCAACUCGCUACCAUGCAAACAGCAUGGGUCAGAGGUCAUACAGUUUUGAAGCCUCAGAAGAGGACCUAGAUGUAGAUGAUAAAGUAGAGGAGUUAAUGAGGAGGGACAGCAGUGUGAUAAAAGAGGAAAUCAAAGCCUUUCUUGCCAAUCGGAGGAUUUCCCAAGCAGUUGUUGCACAGGUAACAGGUAUCAGUCAGAGCCGGAUCUCUCACUGGCUGUUGCAGCAGGGAUCAGACCUGAGUGAACAGAAGAAAAGAGCAUUUUACCGAUGGUAUCAACUGGAGAAGACAAACCCUGGGGCUACACUAAGUAUGAGACCAGCCCCCAUUCCAAUAGAGGACCCGGAAUGGAGACAAACACCUCCCCCAGUCUCAGCCACAUCUGGCACCUUCCGAUUACGACGAGGGAGUCGAUUUACCUGGAGAAAGGAGUGCCUAGCUGUCAUGGAAAGUUACUUCAAUGAGAACCAAUACCCAGAUGAAGCAAAGAGAGAAGAAAUUGCAAAUGCUUGCAAUGCAGUUAUACAGAAGCCAGGCAAAAAACUGUCAGAUCUGGAACGUGUUACGUCUCUGAAAGUAUAUAAUUGGUUUGCUAACAGACGGAAGGAGAUCAAGCGGAGAGCCAAUAUCGAAGCAGCAAUCCUGGAGAGUCAUGGGAUAGAUGUACAGAGUCCAGGAGGCCAUUCCAACAGUGAUGACGUCGACGGAAAUGACUACUCAGAGCAGGAUACUUGGCAAGUACGCAAUGGGGAGGAGGAGGAGGGAAGAAGUUCAGAGGGAGGCAGAGAAGCAGAGAAGGAUGACAGCACUAGCCAUAGUGACCACCAAGACCCCAUCUCAUUAGCUGUGGAAAUGGCAGCAGUCAACCACACUAUCUUGGCAUUGGCCCGACAAGGAGCCAACGAAAUCAAGACAGAGGCCCUGGAUGACGACUGAUCAGGGAGGGUUGAACACAAGAAGUUAACUUAGUUUAGACGUAGCACCUUAGCAGACUUUCCUCGGUCCUUAACAUGUGUUCUUACAGUAUAACUUGCAGUUUCUUGUAUGUCAGUUAGCCGUUAGGGUCUUGUUCUGUGAAGAUGGCAUGGUGCCCUCAGCCUUUGCAUAUACUCUCUCAGUAUUAAUUCCCAGUAAAUAAUAACCAACCAACCAACCAAACUUCCCUCUCCCAGCCCCUGAGGCUAGAAAAUCUUGCUGCUCUGUCUUAGCAUUCCAAGAAAGUGCUUCCAGGUAUUUAGAUAGCCCUUGGUUCUCAAAUACUAGGCUACGUGUAAAACCUUGGGUACCUUUAGAUUCCUGUAACACUAGUCUGUACUCCUUUUCCUUCCCCAAGACUGACAGGAUGCAAGCUGAGGUAGUGUGGCCCAGGAUUGACAGACACCAUGUGGGGAGUAUCCGCAGAGUAAAAGGAACACUAGAAUCCCCACCUCAGAGUGGGAAUAAUUGAUUUCCAGCUGCAAUAAGCCGUGCCUCACAAUAGUCACACUGUGGCUAGAUUAUACUUCUUUGGGUGCUGUGCUAAGAAUGUCAGUGGGUAAACUCGAUCUCAGAUUUUGGUUGAUGUUAACAUGCCUGACACAGACAUCCUUUCCUCUCACAAGCUGUGUGUCUUCGUAGAUAAAAUACUGCCUUCUGCCUUUGGGACCAUGAGUAAAACAGACAAAAAAAAAGACAAAAACGAAAGUCAUUAAAGAAAAAAAACAACCCAGCUUGAGAGCAUUGGAAAAAAACAUGAGCUGAAUGUCUAAUGGAUGUUAAGUCCAGUUCUCAGAACCACUAUAUGUUACGUGGCACAGUACGUGCCUGCCUGGAAAAGUGCUGGAGGUCAUCACGGAAGCUGCUUUGCCUCCUGUCUGUGUCCCCUUUCCCUGCUACCAAAAAAGUCUUUCAAGGAUGGAGCUAAGGUCAAAAAUGAGUGACUGAACUUCCAAUCUUUGUAUCCAUUAACUGAAACCCCCUCAAUAUGAGAGGUUGAUAGAGGAUGUUACAGUGGGAUUAUGCUGACUGACUAUCACAAAUGCAAAUACUUUCCUAAACAGGAGCAGAAAUAAGCAGGGGACAUCUGCCAUUUAUGUGGUGGGUCCGCGAGAUACAACGGGAUGUGACUGCUUUGGUGUUCUCUUUACUCUGUCCUUGUAGAGGUGUGAAAAGCUGUAUUGCUACAGGCAAUUUAUUUAAUAAUUGGAAGCCAUAUUGAUAAUGGAUGUGGUAAUAUUUGUAAAGUUUAAUCUACUUUAAGCAGCAGUAACUAAUGGAAUUUUUUUCCUUGAUCACAUAUGUAGCACUUUUGUUACUUUUUAAAGAUAUUUAUAUUUGAUAAAUCUUUUUUUCAUUUUGAGAAUUCAAAAUACCAAACAGUGAACUUGCGUUAUAAAGUCACCCUGUGAUCACCUUGUCAUCUAGUAGCAAAAUGAUGAACUAUUCAUGCAUCAAAGGAAAUUGCAUCUGCUGGCCUUGUAUGAAAAUGAUCUCUUGGCAUCCCGAUUAAAUGACACACUGUCACUGUGGGUAAGAAGAAACAGCCUUCAAUGUAGCAGCAUAGGGUGCGUCUGAGAGAGGCACAACUGCUGUAUAUUUUCUGCCUCAUUCCGUCUCUUCUUUCUACGUACAAUGAAGCCUUGUUUAAAGGGGAAUACGGGGCUGGCUGUUAAGCAGGGCUUCGGUCUUUUUGUCCAUUACCUGAAAAUGAUUUCUAAGAUAGAAGGAAGGUGCCAUUUCCUUUUCGCCCUACCCCUCCUCCCCCAGCAAAUGUAUUCAACUUAAAACCACUGAGAGAGAGUGAGACUUACUGACCUUCUUUGUUUUUCCCUUUCUCAUUAGCGAGAUAUUGAAUAUCCUCCAGUUUUUAGCUGGUCUAACUCCACUUAAGGCGCAUGCUGACGAGAUCAUCUCCUUAUCUGUUAAUCCUGCUUACAUCAGUGUGAGGAAGCCUUUGAGAAGGCAUGACAAUGCUACCUUAUAUGGGUCUGUGACUUUAAAGAGCGAUAGGCAGGACCUGGGCCUGCUCUUGUCCAUGGAUUGCAGGGGGAAAAUGUAUAUACUUUUUCCAGCUUCCAAGAGUUGAAGUAAAAUGGAGUAGUCUUUUCUGUUUUACUCUAUUACUUGAACCAACAAAUUCAAGAGUAGCAUUUGUUAUUCUCAGGAAUGAUCCCCCCGGUCAUUUUCUUCCUUGGUGUGUUUGGCUUUUUAUUUCAAUUAGGAAGAUUGUGUUAUUUUUCUUUCCUUUUAUAUUACUUAGGAGAAAUAUAACAUAUUGUAUCUUUCCAUUUUGAUGGAAUUUUUUCUGCUUAUUCUCGGUUGAAUCAGAAAGAAAAGGAGAGAGAAAAAUACACUGUCUGACAAGCUGCAUCCAUGAUUUAUUGUAAGAAGAUUAUUAUAAUUGGUAGCUUCUUUAUGAUGCUAUCAUUACUAGUAUCAUUUGUUCUUGCUGGUCUUUUAUUUUAAAGAAACAGACUCAAACUGUUAAGACAGCUGCAGUUUCUAAAGAAAUACAGUAAUUGCUAGAGAAGAGCUAAAAGGUUUCAUUGUUUUAAGACCUUUAAGGAAGGAAAAAAGCUUCAGAAAAUAAAGGAGAGUGAGUGUCCAUGAAGGCAGUACCAGGCCCUAUCUGGCAAUCUGGAAAAAGUGAAAGAACGUAUCUACCAAUGUAUGAGAACAUUGUAUUGAGUUCAGCAGGAACAGGAGGCAGGGAUCUUUCACCCAGAAUUCUUCCUGUAAUUAAAGAAGACUGCUGGCCUACUCUUAAGACCCACUGCCUUACAUAGAACUUCGCUUUUUCACCAAGAGUAAAAUUUUAGUUCUUUGGAGCCUACAUUUAAAUUUACCAUUGGUGUUUUGUUUGUCACCAGGUUCUAUUUCGCUAUCUUGCCCGGGCUACCUUAGUUCUUAUAAUGGCAUAUGGAGUUGCCACUGUCUAAUUUGUAAUAUCUUCGCAUAUUAAAUUUUUUUCUUAAACUUUUUCAUGUUUGAACGAUGGUGUUAAAAUAGAAAUCCUAAACUGCUCUCUUCCUGAAGGGAAAAUAGCCAGGCUCAUUUAAAAAAUCCCAUUUUGUGCUUUUUUGCUGUUCCGUCCCUCUUCUCUCACUUCAUGCUGUACUUUGUUCAGGCCCCAGAGGACUAUUUCAGGGGCUGCUCCUUCCUGGGUGAGGAAGACUAAAAGUGUGGGGUGGGGGAAUCUUGCCAGCAGUUCAUGUAACUUGUCUGUUAUUUUUUUAAGACAUUUUUGUUGAACUACUAUGGUCGCAUGGGUAAACUUCCUACCCUCCUUGAAAUAGCCUUACAAAGGGACCUUUUAAAGAUGGACCAUCCUAAUGAGAUUUCCGUCAGUCUGUUGAUAACCCUGAUAUCAGAUGAAGGCCAGGCAGGGCAAUACAGUACACUCUUUUCUGAGACCUUCCAGUGCCAGUCAGUACCAAAUAGACAUCUUGGUUUAUUUCAGUAAAGCUUGUAAUGUUGAAGUACCCCUUAUGACAGUGUGCUUCACAGUCUUGGUCCUUUAAGUAGUUGGUAAGUGUGGUUACCUUCCACCUACCUAUGGAGUCUGUACAGUUCCCACACCUUUGUCAUUUGGUGGGACAGCCUCUCCCCAGACAGUGCCAUGUUCCUUCACAGGAAGAAGAUGCUGGAACAGGAAGACCCCUUUAAAGUACCUUUUACUCUAGCUCAGUAGAGGUGACCAGCUACAAAGACGUGUGUGCGGAAGCAGCAGCUCAUCGGUAUUGAAGUGUGCCAGUUCAGUCCUCCAGCUCCUGGUAGAUUGAUGGUGGCAGGCAGUCCAGUGAUCAGCAGUAUCUCUCUUGGGGCCAGAUAUCCAGAUACAUUUUUACCUCAAAGGGGACAACUCAUGAAGAGCUCACUAAUACAGUUGUUUCAGUUCUCCCUGUUUGGCCUCUGGCUUUACAAACUUCCCUCUUGGAUUCCAGCCAUCAGGCACCAAGUGUAAAUAACUCAUUUGAUCAGGAAUCUCCAGUCACAUCCUCUCGUCUGUGAACAACUCCUCUUCCGUUUUCCCCUGGGCUCCAACACCAAGGCCUCAUCUUGAGCUGACUUCUUUGCUGGAAUGUUUUUAUCUUUGACAGCAGGCACAGUAGGUGGGUGUGGUCCACCUCUUCACACAAACACUCCUUCCUGUCUUGCAGCCCAUCUUUUUGGACCAGCUACAUAUUCCACUGACCAGCUACACAUCUCUGCCCACAACAGUGGAAAUAAUCCCUGUUUCAUAAAUGAUCCCUCAUCCCUGUCCUAAAAAUGUGAAUUUCAAGUCCUUACUCUCUCUUUGGUCUUCAGAAGGGUUUGGUUAGAAGCAGUCUUCCCAUGUAACUCAUGGCUCUGCCUUUUAAAAAUUCCUUUUGUCUUUUUUUCAGAUAACAACCAGAGUAUUUUUUCCUCAAUGAGUCUCAAGAGAUUCUUAGGCAAUAAUUUUUCUUGUUAUUGAUGACUUUGUGCUUGGUAGCACUCCACAUUGAACAGUCCUGACCCUUGACAUUGUGCGUUGAUUUUGUGUGUUAAUCUCUGUCUGUGAUUUAAAUCUUAUGUCAGAGAGAUGAUAGAUUUUGUCAUUUUGUUGUUAUGAUUAUUAGUAAUGUUUUACUACUGUAUUCAUUGGGGCUGCAUUUAGACCAGCCAAAUCCAUUUAUAGCUUUACUGAGCCGGAUUUGUUUUUCAAGAUUUCCCAAGUGAAAGUUGGGCAUGUUGACCAGCUCCUGCUGGUGGUAUCUUUGGGGCAUAGGUGUGGGGUGGGGGGAUCAGUGGGGCAGGGGUAGGAAUGACAUAAGACAUUCCUUUUUGUGCGCUCUCUAAAUAGCAAGGAUGUUUACUCAGGAUUUGGGGAUCAAUUGUCAGCCAUAUUGAAUUUGGCAAACUGAGCUGCAUGCCCUGAAAACCCUCUUACUGUUUCUUAAUUUCCAUAUUAUCUAAUUUAUAUUACCUAGUAAUACCUAAAUUAUCCAGUUUAAAGGUAUUGCACCAUAAUGAGAAUGGAAGGUUUUCCCCGGGAGGCAACUAUGAAUGGCCAGGUUAUCCAGUAGGAAUUUCCCUAAUGGUAGUGUGAUACAAAGCAGAGGCCCUUUCUUUUUCUGUACUGCAGUCUCCUCCUUAUGCUCUUCCUUUUAAAACAUGACUGUCACUUAAGAGGAAAGAUUUCCUUACCACUCUCAAGAGAACUACCAUACUAAGGUGGUGGGAGAGGCUUUUUAAAUACAUCAAGCCUACAAGUCCAUUUUCCGAUUACAGAAACUUCUCUCACAAACAGGUUAUGUUCAGAAAGGCUGUUCUUAAUUCUCUUUAUUUAUAAGCUAAAAGUGAUAAGCUACUGCUCUUGCCAUCUUAGAGGGCUGAUGCUUGACUCACUGAUUUCUGAAGUGCAAUUUUGUUCAUAUCUAUGUACAUUCAAAAGCUGGAAGUUUAUAAAUUGAGAAGUUUCCAUAUCAGCUUCAUUAUUCUUUCCUGGUGGUGAUGAGAAACAGCAGCAAAAAGAAAGCUAACAAUGUGAGAAAUCCAGUUUCCUAUAACACUGGUUUGCUUUUGUAAUCAAGAGAGGAAGAAAUAUAGGAGAGAAGAGAGGGAAAAUUUGGCUGCACCCAAGGACCUCGAGCAUGUCCUUGGGACAUCCUCGCCUUGAGAUUACAAAUGUGUGUAUCCCUCAUCUUCAUUUUUAGCAUUCAUCAUAUGACACUUGGGCCAAGCAAUGAGCAGAACUAAAUCUAGCUGAUUCCAUUCAAGUGAAAUGUAACUAGCUUUUUUACACUACUGACAGUUUACCACACACGUUUCACACCCCUUAUCUCAUUAGCUACCUCCCUAACAACAAACAGAAGGAUACAUCUGCAGGGGGCUUUGCCUUUCUCUCCUGACGUCCCUUUUAUUUGUCAAGUUUUGGGGUUGAUUUGCCCCAGUCUGGACAGCAGUAUCUUGUCCUCUGGCAGGUGUCUGAGCUCCACAGUGCAGCCCAUGUGGGGGCAGCAGUCAGGUAUGUGCUGGCACUGUGGCUGCCACAUGCUACGCUGAGGAGGGGUGUGUGCACACAGCUUGGCUGGCACUUCAGACAUCUUGUGAUGCCGGCUCCCUUGACUCCAUUUUCAUUUUCUCUCUCUUUUAAAUAAAAGUGGCUCUACACAGCCAUAAUUAACUCUCAGAUUCACAUUGGUGUGCUGUGAUCAAAUGAAGAUUUGCCUGAAUCCUUUCAAACUGUAACCAUGGUAAUUGAGGGGGGUGGCAUAGAAUGAAUAUAUAAAAAUAUAACGACAAUUGUUCUGAAUGACUGAAUGUCCUCCUGACAUGUAAUUAACUGUUUUAGCAAGAUGUAGAUUGGCAUGGUCAUAAUUAAAAGGAUUUCUGUCCUUUAUGUGAUUGAAAAUGGCAGAUCUCCCAUUCCCUGUUCCCUUUUAGCACUAAUGCUCCCAAGAACAUUUGGAACAGCAACUCAGUAAACUGAAAUAAUGACAUGGUGUUCAUGUCCCCUCCUAAGUGAAAGGGAAGGAUUUGGAGUUAUUUCAGCUUCAAAAUGGAAGCCUUUGAUUAUUGCUCCCCAUUUGACUUCUAAAUUAGUUGAAACCUCUCUCAUAUCCAAUUUCAACCUGCUCCAGCUUUGGCAGAAACUACAGUGAGAAUCCCAAACUGAGUCAGCCACUGACAAGGCCUCCACAUUCCCCUGUCCCACUUGCUAGCCAGCUGGAGUAUUGUGUUGGCCUGACUUGAGGACGUUUACUGCUUAAUGAGCUCCCUAGAAUUUUAAGUUUUUCCUUGGUUACUUGAUAUUUUUAUUACCAUCACCAUCAGAAAGUAUUUAUCAAACAGGAACUUACACAUUAGUUAAGUAGAGUUUUCCUUAUUGAAGCAUAUGAUCUAGAACAGACAACAUGACACUAACCCAUAAAUAAACAUACAUUUGGGCUUUAAACAGCCAUGGGCAUAAAUGAAAUACUGAUAUUUGCAAUGUCCUAAAGUUACUGGAGCAAAAGGACACAUGUGAGUUUCUCCCUGGUUUUCUCACAUCACUUACAUGGCAAUUACCGACUUCCCCAUGUCAGCAGCCUUUUGUUAUCCUGAGUUCUCCCCAUCGUUCUGCUGUGUCAGUGGGAUUGCCUCCCUAGCCCUUCCAAAUCCAUGUUUUCUCCUUCUCAUUUCUCUUCCUUUGUUUUCCAUCCACUAUGUCCCAUUGAGCAUCAUAUGGUCUUGACACCUCACGUGGUCCCCUGACGGUGCAGUCCACUGUUCUCCCCCAGAGGCCUUAAACUGGAUGGGAGCUGCUGUGUCACUAUCUAGUCUUUCUCUAGAAUAUGCUUCAUUUUGUUUUUCUGAUCACUUACAUAAGUCUUUCUUCAGUUAUGUGAUCAGGAAUGAGUCUGCAUGAAUACCAGCACCCAGCAUAGUGCCGAGGGCCCUUCACAAGCUGCUUCAUUCAUGUAAGGCUCCUAACUGUGCUGGUGAGCCUUGCCUGGGAGCCCUUUCUUUCUUCAGGCCUGGACACUCAGGAUUGGUUAGUAGCCACUAAAGAAAACACAGCUCUUGCUUAUGCUCCUGUUUUGCUGCUUACUCUCAUACAAAUCUUUUUCCCUCUUCACAUAUCAGAAGGAAUCCUAACCCAAAUGCUAGUUAAACUUCAGUUCCAUGAAAAUGCUGCAGUAGCCUGCUGCUUUGUAACUGUUCUCUCUACCCCAAAACAUACACAUAGAGAAUUUGGGGAAAGGUUCUACCUUAGGGUUCUUUUAUUUUUGUUCCUUUCAAAAUACCUACAAUCAAAUGUACAGUAGUUGGGCUAGAUCAGGGAAAAUAAUGCCAUAAAAGGUUUUUACUCAGUGGUUCUCUUCUUGUAAGAUCUGAAGGUAACUUUCAGCCCCCCACCCCUGCACUCCUGCUUGCAGGAUACAUGUGCAGUCAUUGCGACUUUCCUGUGGAAUCCUAUCCAUGUUCUGACAGUUGGAAUGAUUGUGGAUUUUUAUGCCCCCCCCAAAGGAGAGUAUCCUGUCCCUUUUCUUCCCAGCUGCUGAAAGAUAACUAUCUCCAUGAGAAUUGAGAAGUUGUCUUAAGAUUAGUGAUUCUGAGAACUUGACUGGAUGAGAAUAAUUCUCUGAUUUGUGAGAUAUGCAUUAAAACAGCCAGCAGAACAUUCUGAUUAUCUCCUUACAUUCAGAGAAAAUAGAAUUAUCAUUGCAGUUAAAACCCUCUAACACAGUCUUCUAUUUUAGGGAUCAAAGUAUUAGAUGUGCUGCUUAAGGGAUGGUGCUACUUAAAAAGAACUGGAGUUAGCAAGACUUUUCCCUUCCCAGAUGUUUCCAGAGGCCAGUUUGGUGAUUUAAAAAGCCCUAUGUCAUAUAUUCCUUUAUCACCAGCAUCCCCUGCUAAAAAGAAACAGAAAAGAAAGCUCACCAAAAUGGGUGAAAAUAUAGGCAGUGCUUACCCAUGAAAUAUGUGUUUUUUGGAAGAAAACACCAGAAAUAAGUUAUUCUUACAAGAAACUAGAGUAAAGAUUUCAUUCUAAAUAAUCAUACUACUACAAGAGAUCGACAUUCAGACCUCUGGAGCAUUCGAACUUCAUGAUAAUAGCAGCUGACAUUUAUUGAGUGUGUACUGUGUGCCAGGCACUGUGCUGAGUAUUUUUACUGUCUCGUUUAUUCUUGAAGAUUCACAGGCCCUACUCUGAGCAGAACUACCUUAAUGGAGUCAAGUAAAAUCUCCAGUCACUUCUUUCAUCUUAGUCGGAUGUUAAUUGGAGAAUGGGCCACAGAGUCUGCCCGGCACUGCUGAGGGAAAUCACUGCCUGUUAACCUGUUCUGUUUUCUCAUGGGAUAGUGCUGGGUAAUCCCCACUGGCACACUUGCAUUGCCCUUAUCUUUCUCUGCACUUAAUUCCCUCUGACACUGGGCCAGUGUUACCAUGAUGAGCUAGACACUGCAACAUCCCUUCCCCUUGGCUUUCCUCCUUGGUUAGUGAUGGUGAGAGAAACGCUCUGAGGCUCAGCAGCCGUGAUGCUUGUUUCAAGCCCCCCAUCUCUGGGAGGCAAAUGUGAAGGUCUUGCCUUUCACUGGGAAGAAUGUUAUGGCUGUCUUGCCGUCUGAGUUCUGAAAGGAACUAGAAUUUACUAGCACUCCUUGGGUUUAGUUCCAGUUAGUUGAAGUGGAGCAUAUUAAAAUCUCUCAUGCUUCCUGUUUUCUCUCUGUCCAGCUCUUCUAGUAUAUUCUUAGUGCCUGUUACUUGUAUGCAUCCAGCUUGUGUUUAGAAGUGUUUUGCUAAGCCAUUCCACCUCAUUCUGCAGUUCCUUCCACCACGGUCAUGAGAGGCAGUGGUGUCAGGCCAGAACUUGUGGAGAGUGGAGGCUCUGGAAUUCUGCUACUGUGUGAGUGUCUGCCCUGGGCUCUCUGUGGCUCCUCAUGAGCCUUAAGUGGCCAGCAAGCAGCAGUGGCAUGGAGACAGAUCCAGAUUUUGGCUCAGCAUAAGAGCUUUCUAAUACCCACAAUCCAGCAAAGGGGCCAGCUGCCUCAGAGUUCAAGUGGCAGCUCAGUGACUGUUGUCAGGGAAAUGCACUCCAAGAUGACCUGAGGACUCAACUAACUAAAAUUCUGUUCCUCCCUCCCUCCCUCCCUCUCUAGCUCUUUUCUUCUCAAAAGUAAGUGGUUCUCCAAGGGCCAGCUCUGUCACUGUCUCUUCUGAUCUGCUCUGUCAUGUUCUAGGCGUCCCUGAGGCCGAGAGUGGAAGCCACCCCAGGAGCAAGGCUCCAGGUGGCAUGGCCCCGCGAGAAGGUCCACCAGGUUGACUACUUGGGAUUGAGAGCCCCUGAAAUAGGCACCUUGUUUCAUUAGUUGGGUAAUGGGGUUUUUGAUUAUCCAUUCCCCACCCGAAACCCCACCCUUAUUGUGAAGGGAAGAAGGUAUGUGUGCCUUCAUUUGGGUAUUGACCCAGAUUUCACAUCUCUAGUGGCGAUUGAGUGCCACUGAAAUUUCAGAAUGGAGACAUUAACUCCUCCCUAGGAAGGAGCACGUGACCAUCUCUCCUUACCAGUACGCAUGGCCAAGAUGAGUCACAGAACUUGUGUUGCCUCUAUAACUUUUUCACCUGCCCAUCACUUUCAAUCAAAUCUUAAUCUCAGUGUUGUUUUCUGGCUUUCUUUGAGCACAGAAACCUCUCCCUUUUUCUGUUUUACUGGAACGAAGAGCCCAGCAUAAACUUGUGAGGGUCAUUUUUCCACUUCAUCAUUCAUUGAAGGUAUUAAAUGGGAAACAGGACGACAUUAGUGCUGUAUUAAUGUAAACAGCAGCCACUGUAGCGAUAUUACGUUGAACUCUUAAUUCUAUGCCAGAUUCAUGGUGGGGGGCGGGGCAGUACAUAAUUAGUAGGGUGGGUUGAAUGAAGGUGAGAGAGCUCAGCUGUGGGCUCCUUUCAAGAGCAUUAUUGUUAGUUAUUAUUUGCCUUGAAAACCACAUUUCAAUAUGUUAGAAGCAGUGAACCCCUUAAUCAUGCAUCUCUGAAAAUGGGCACCAUGAAACCUAAACCAAAGUUACUGGGGGCAGGGCAGAGGGAGAGCUGCUCUUUUCAAGCAUUGGCAGCUCUGGCGAGGCUUCUCUUUAUUGCUCACUGCUUCUGCCACAACACUCCUCUCAGCAGGGCCUCUUCUUUUCCUAGUAGCUUUUCCUCACACUGAUAGUAGAAAGCAAGUCCGCACAGCCUGCCCCUCCCUCUAGUCCUGUCGCUGUGAGUCUAGAGCAGGCCGUCCCGACUUUCCCCACACCUGCUCUCGGCCCCAUCCAUUCCUGGUCUGCAGAACCCGGAAAGAGAAAGGCCUCUGCUGGGCCCAGCCCGUUUCUUGAGAUUCACCCAGGCUGCAAGGUGGGACGCUGUCCCUGCCAGAAGAUGCCAAGAACAUCAUAGUUGCCUCCCCUGGAAGAGCCCACAGCCUUCUCUGAUUCCCCAUGGGCUCCCCCCUUCCAUGGUCAUGGUCACGUUGCGUAUGCAGUACCUUCCAAGCAUAAAUUUCCAUUUAUGUUUUUUAAGUGCCUAAGCAAGUUACAGACCUCUGGAACCUGCCAGGGAGUCAGCCUGUGCCCCGCCCCCUUCCUCUCCCCACUCUGCACUUAGCCCUCAGGGGCAGGCGUGGGUGGCUGCCCCUCUCCAGGGUCCCCGAGUUCUGCAGGCAGAACAGCUGCAAGGACAAGCACAUGGGGCAAGAUGGUCAUUGCCCUGGCAGGCUGGCUUGGUCACUCCCCUGUGCUGCUUUUCUUGGGGUCUUUCUGGUGAUGGGGUUAUGGUCUUGGUUCACAGAGAAUGUUAUGGAGCCUGCUUAGCGAAGUCUAGCUACUGAGUGAAGAAGACAGGAGAGCAAGACAGCCUCAGAGCAGAAUCCCAUCUGUCUUUGUCAGCAGCUGGAAAGUACAUGCAGGUCCAAGAGGGCCGAGUCGGAUAAUCAUAGUUAAGAACUGACCAUCCAUUUGCCGUCAUUAGUCACUGGAACCCCGGCUGCCUCCUCUUCCUCUCUUCCUAGAGUUGUGGGAUCAGGGUGUCUGCUCACAAGGACUCAGAAAGGCCAUCAUCCAUAGGGAGUGAAGCAAGAUCGAACGUGCGUCUUUGAAAAUGAGUGUGAGAUUAUUUGUUUGCUUCUUUUUUAAAGUAAUUUAAGUCUGACCUGAAUUUGGGGCCUUCCUUACGUGGUGGGUGUACAGUGGAUUAUUCUGUGACCGCACUCUGUUUGUGUCACAGCACUAAGCAGUGCUCAGAUGAUUUGCUGGUGCAUUAGAAGGUUUUGCAAAAUGGAACAAUCCAUACCCAGGCACUUUAUUUUCAUUAAUAAUCCAGCAUUUUUGUUCAGACAAUGUAAUAACCCAAGCUGGGCAUUCACAUUUAACACGUAUGGGCAAAUUUGCCAGAAGAAGUCUUCUGACUUGGAUAGAGAAGGGAGGCGGGUUGAUGAAAGUGAUGAGGGGAGAACACUGCCAUGGUGAUGAUCAAAGUCAGGCUUUUCUGGAGCGUCUUACGCCAGCCUGGACUCGGGCAGCGCACUGUCACUCCAAUCUCCAGAUGCUCUUUCCUACAGGUUCUACCAAGAGCUUGUCAGUUACCCCGGGUGUAACUGAAGAGAUGAAUGUAAGCGAGAGUGCAGCGGACUAGGGAGCAGCCGUGCAGUACAGUUAGAGACAGGAAGAGGCCCAGCUUUUCUCUUCACUGGACUUGAACCUCCAGCAGGCGCAGCGUGCUGGGCAAUAAUCCCACCACGGAACCAUGUGCAGCUUCGUCUCACUGUUCACCAUAGGGGUGGGAACUCGCUGGCACAGCAAGUUAUAAAUUGGAAAGCGAGUUCAACAGUCGUAAUCUGAUAGAUACCAGGGACCAGAUGCCUUGGGACUGCCUAAAAGUCUUUAGCAUCCACCAAAUACUCAAGUAUCUGCGACAGGCUGUGUGGGAUCCCUCCCACGUGGGUUUGGGGCAGAGCGCCCUCCCUGCCUUGGCCGUCGUGUGUCUUAGUCUUUGUGUUUCCCUUUGGCGUCUCCUGGCCCCUGUCCCCCAUCUUGUGCACCAUGUGUCCCUGAGGGGAGUCGCACCUGUGUCUGAGUCUGCUGUAAGGUGUUCAGUCUACCUCAAGGGGUCAUCAUGGUCACCUCCGUCCCAUAGCAGUCCUUCUGACAUCGCCACACACACUGGAAUGUAUAUCUGCCCUGGCCCUGCCUUUCCCGUCAGUAAACUCCUGACCCCCUUUCCUGUGAUCACCACAAACUCCUAGUGCAAAUUGGAUGCUGCUUUAAAUGUGAAAACAAUUGUUCAAAAGCUAUAAAACCUGAAUGAAAGCUAAAGCUGAAUUUAUAAGCCUUGUUGCAUAUGAGCCAAAAGUGCAAAAAGCUCUAUAUAAUGAACUAACCUGCCACUCGUAUAAAUAUAAAUAUAUAUAAAUAUAUUAAAAUCAGACUGUUCUACAAAAUUGUGUAUUUGUAUUUUUGUGUACGUACAAUUUUCUGCUAAGCAGAAGGAGGAUGUAGUAUAGGAUGCUGUGAGAAGAGAUUUGGUUUAAUCCUAUUUCUUUGUUACUUAUUUUUGUUAACAUCAGAUGCCUGUCUUCGUCUUCUAUGUGUAUGACACUGUUUGCAAAGCUGCAGUAUCUCUCUUCCUUAGGUCGAGUCCAUUAGAGAACGAAAUCUGGGGUUUAGAGAGUUGUCUGGGCCGCCAAACAUGGAUACGCGGACAAAGCUCCGCCCUGUACUGCCCAGGAGCCACUCAUGGUCCUGAGGCGGGACUGAGGGAGGACAUGGCCUCUGGGAAGUAAAAUCCCACUUCUAGAAAUCAGCUUCCAAAACAAAAGAUUGUCAGAUCUCUCUAACACAGACUCUCCACCGGGAGAGGACGCAGCACCUCUCUGAAGUGAGGAACAGGACCUCUCAUCUCUGGGCCAGCAGUUUGCCCAGAAAGCAGCAGGGGGCCCUGCCUGGCUGUAUGGAGCGCCCCCGCUCGCUCCUUGGCUGUCCCUGGGCUCCAUGUCCCUCUUCCGAGUAGUUGCUGCCUUUGUCUGAUCAGGUUACCAAAAUGCCUCCCCUCUGCUGAGCUGCUGGUGUCGGAUCACCCAGGGCUGGACACCCAGGCCUCCAGCCCGAGGUCCCUGAAGCAUCUCAGAACCCACUUUCCCGGUGCUAACACACAAGAGGGGGGUAAAGUGGCUGCCAGUAAUGGCCAGAAACCAACCAUCUGAGAGGCCAGGCUGGAAGACUGCUCCACGUGCCCAUGGCAGGGCCCUUCCACCGGCAGCCCGGCCUCGCCCCGAAGCCCACCCACCUCUCAGCCCCAAGGCAGCCCCUCUUGACGUGAACCUUCUCUAGGGAGAGCGAUACUGCACCUUCACCUGUGGGACUCAUCUUUAUAACAAUGUGUAAUGACUGUAGCAAAAAGCCCUUGUUUCUAGAUGUAAAUGGUCAAAGAAACAAGUGCUCUAUCGUAUUGAUUAAAAUAGUUCAAAUGGGUCCUGUAUCAUUGUAUCUCCUAUUCUGGAUUAGUGCCUUUUGGACAGUAGACUGUUCUGUAAUUAAAAUGUAGUAUACUGCUUUUUUGUACAGUUUUGUUUUAAUAAAACUUUUUUUUAAUUUGUGUUUAUUUUAGUAUUGUACCUAUUAGAGAAUAAAAUGUAUAACUGAA